CAUCCUCGAUAUCAAUUAAAUAUGAUUUGUAGACAUCCGAAUUGUAUUAAUAAAGGUGCAAUUUGUUGUAGAUGUUAAUUAAAAUAUCAUUGUGAUAAUGGUCAUACAUUAGACUCAUUUGUUCCAUUGGAUGAAGUUUUAAUAUUAUGUUAGUCUUAAAAUCCAAAAGCAGAAUAUUUUGAAGAUUUAAGUGUUGAUGGGAUGUUGGAAGUGCAAUAAUUAUAAUCUACCCUUUCAAAUAUUAAUAAUUCAAUUUAAGAAUAAUUGAAGAGAGAGCUAUUAAUUUUAGGACAAUAUUAAAAGCCUUUUAAGGAUAUUUUUGGUAUUAUAUCUCAUUAUUCAUAAAUUGAUGGUGAUACAACAAGGACUGAUGAUGGUAUAUAAGGAGGAAUGAAAUCAGAUUUUAUGAAUAUCAUGCAAUUUAUAGCCAAUAAAAUAAUUAUUGUUGAUGGUGAAUUUACUAUUGAUUAAUCAGAUAUGAAUAAUUGUUUAACUCAAAUAAUUGAAAGAAAGAGAAGAAAUCUAAAAAUUGUGGAAAAAUUAAAUAAAUAAUCAUAAAAAUAAUCUAGAAUAAUUUAAACUUUAUUUGAUACAGGUUGUUCUUUUGGAUUGGAUUAAAAUAUUCCAAUUUCAUAAUUUCAUUAAUGGACAUAAGUUUAUAAUGUUUAAUAUUUCGAAUAAACUACUUAAAAGGAUAUUAUGUCAUUAGCUAUACCUUAGAAUAGUUUAAUAAUGAUAGGUAUUUUGAAAGAAAAAUAUUUGGAAUUUUGUGCCAUAGAUAGAUAUAAGUCUGUCUUUAAAGGAAAACUUAAUUCAUUUUCAAAAUUAGUUUGGACUUUUGAUGAUAAAACUUUUGGAUGUGAAUGUUUAAAAUGGAAUUUAAAUUAAGAGUUUUUAGAUUAAUAAAUAGACUAAGUAAAAUAUUUAUAUCAUUUAAAUGAUAGAAGAGUAAUAUAUUAUUAAGAAAUUUGA